AUCCACUACUUAGAACCCCUCAAAAGGUAGUACGGCUCUCCUGUCUAAUCGAUCGAUCACAGUACAAGCUCCUCACGCUUGCCCAUUUGGCACCAGCGUUUGGCAAUCAUGGGGUGCACCACCUCGCGGCAAGCCCGGCACGACCUCCGGCACUGCCCGUCGCCGCUGCUGCUGCCUCGCUGCCAGUCGUUCCCCGCCGCCCGCUUCGACCUAGACUUCGACGCCGCCGCCGGCGUCCACGUCGUGCGUCUCACCUCGUCCACGCUCGGCUCCCUCGAGCUCGACAAGGCCGCCGGGCCGUGGGCCGCGCGCGCGCCGGCCACGACGGCGACGAGGCGGCCCACCGUGGCGGCGCCGCGGACGCCGACCAUGACGCCGCCCAACGAGCCCGAGCCCAUCGACGCCUGGGCCCUGAUGGCGGGCCUCGAGGAGGACCACUCGCCGCUGCUCGCCGCCCCCUUCGCGCGCCACUCCUUCUCCUUCCCGACCCCCGCGGCCACGGCUGCAGCAGCCCAGGAGUUCUCCAAGGUCUCGCCAAUGCCGUCGCCGGCGCCGGCUCGCAAGCGGAAGCGGGCGGUGCUCUACUUCACGUCGCUGCGCGGGGUGCGGGCGACGCACGAGGGGUGCAGCCUGGCGCGGGACAUCCUGAGGGGCUACGGGGUGCGCGUGGACGAGCGGGACGUGUCCAUGCACAGGGGCUUCCGUGACGAGCUCCACGGCCUCCUCGGAGACAAGCUGCUUGGCUGGGCCGGGCCGGCGAUCCUGCCGAGCCUGUUCGUGGACGGGGAGCUGGUGGGCCACGCGGAGGAGAUGAAGCGGAUGCACGAGACGGGGGAGCUGGCGGCGAGGCUCGCCGGGUGCGAGAGCAGCAGCGGCGCCGGCGCGUGCGAGGCGUGCGGGGACGCCCGGUUCGUGCUCUGCGAGACGUGCUCCGGCAGCUGCAAGGUGUACGUGGAAGAGGAAGAUGAUGAUGAGGAAGAGCUGGGCGAAGGCGGCGGCGCGGGGUUCCGGCGGUGCUCGGAGUGCAACGAGAACGGCAUCGUCAGGUGCCCCGUCUGCUGCUGCAGCUGAUACGUGACAGCACGCAGGAGAAAUUUUUGCGUGUCCGCCGCACUUGGGAGUUGGGAUUCGGCGCUCACUUGUGAUUUUUGUGAAGGCGUGCGUGAUCGUGCGUCUGUGUUUUUCGCGUGACCGACGGUGCGCGAGCGACGAUCGCACCGUUUCUCAUUGCUGCGUGUCUCUGCAUUCUGAUGCUGUGAUGCUCAAUGCAAGAGGUGCCAAUGCCUUGACUCGAUCAUGUGGCCUUUCCCCUGUUCCUGGUGUGAUGUAUGCACCCCACAGAUGAACCGAACACUACGACGAA